AUGGAGCAAGAGAAGGCAAAGCUCAACAAGGGCAAAGAUCCAUGCAUGUGGCAGGGUGAAAGCAUGCAGCAAAAGAACCCGGAUGGCCUGAGGUGGAAAUCUGGAAACCUGGGGCAUCUGGGCGGUAUUCUCGACAGCGAUGCCAGCGCUGGUGCUGCCCGAGCAGUGCAUCGGACAGCUGCAGCAUCCGGAAGUCUGUCUUCCAGGCUGGACAGCUAUGCUUUCAUCGCACCGAAACUGAAGCAGACAGAGACGAAACGGACACAGGAGUUUGCUCCGGAGUCCACUGAGGUGUGUCCUGAAGUGGAUUCCUUGGUGCAUCAGCUGGCAACUGGCAAGGGCGAAUUCUUUGACUAUGUCGAUGCCCUGAACCCUCAGGUGGGCUGUGUGAUGUGCAUGCGCGACUUGCAUGAGACUGCAUUGUAUGAAGGCCGUCAUGAGGUCAAAGUCCUGCCAUGCUUCCACAGCGUUUGUGCUGCCUGUCUUCAGAGCUUGCUGGCCAGCAGCGAUGGGGAUGCCUUUGACUGCCCCAGAUGUGGCCGACGAACGCAAAAGAUGCAAGCUCUGCAUCAAUAUCUUCCAAACUUUGAUAUGCUGCAUGACAUCGAUGGUCAAAAGGUGGCCCAGAGUGAUUUCCUUUGCGAAGAAUGCACCUCCGGCUACCGAGCCGAAACAUAUUGCGAGGAAUGCAUCAUGAAUUUAUGUGAGAGCUGUACUAAGCAGCACAGACGCCGACGAGCAACCACGAACCACGUGCUGGUGACCCUAGUUGGCCAAGGUCCACAAGGGGCCGAGGUCCGCAACAUCCACCGUGCGCAGUAUUGCGCGAUCCACCGCACCAGCCGCUACGAGCUCUACUGCGAAGAUUGUGAAAGGUUGAUUUGCAAUGAAUGUGCAAGACAUGACCAUCAGCAAUGCUCGUACAGACUACCAUCUGCUUCUUUGAUAGAGAAGCACCGCCAGCGUGUCAAAGACAUCAUUGAAUCCCUUUGCCACAAGCUUUUGGAUGACCAAGCCUUACAAAAGCUUUUGAGCCAAAGUGUCGAGUCCUCAGAGAUGGCCUGCAUGCAGGCCCGGUCCAACAUCUCUGCAGCCUUUGACGAGCUGAACCGCGCAGCGGAGCUGCGGUGCGCAGAGCUGCUGCAGCAUGUGCAAGAGAAUGGUCGGCAGCCUCUAUCAGCCCUGCUGGCCGAAAAGGAGAGAUGCUCCGCCGCGCUGGUGGAUGUUUGGUGCGUCAUCGAUUUCAUGGAGAAGGUGAAUAAGCAUGGCACAGACGUGGAGGUUCUUAUGGCGAAAAGCCACUUGUUUCGAGAUCCUAUUGGCUCGCAAAAGUUCCAGGAGUGGCAGAACUUGGUGGCAGCUCCCUUGCCGGGCUUCGAGAGAAGCCGUGCAACUUGGAGAGAAGCCGUGCAGCGCCGUCUGACGUCACGUGUCGUCCGGUUGGACGCGACGGAGAACGUGAUUGAGAAAGCUGGGAAAGCAGCAAUGUGUCCGGUUGCCGCAGAAUAUCGUACCAUCGCCUGA